AUGAUAGAAAAUAACGCAGCUGAUGAUUCGAAUGAUCAAUCAACACUUGAAUCUGCUUCAUCUAAUGCUACAUCAUCCGGUACUUCAAAUGAAUUAGCAAUUAUUCGCCUUAACAUACAAUGUGAAAAACUUAAAAGUCAACUACAUGAAUUAACAGCUAAUUUCAAUGAAAGCCAAGCAGCUGGAAAGCAUGCCUAUGAUGAACGAGAUAAAUAUUUAAAAAUCUAUGCUCGUACACACGAACGUUUUGUUGCAUUUGAAAAAAAGCAAUUAGAACAAAUGCGUCGAUUAUUAACUGUAUUAACCAUAGAUCAAUACAAAUUUGUAACUGAAACCAUUGGAUCAAAAGAAAGGCCGACUGAUUCAUCACAAAUACAGCAACAACAAUCGGAUACGAGUUCGUCGAUAGUUGAUGAUUCACAAUCAAAAGAAAUUUCUCAAGAAACAAAAACUACUAAUAAAGACGAUGAUACAAAACUGAGUGCAGCACGAUAUCAUAAAACUGACUCCGAUUGGGACGAAUUACUAACACAGUUUGAGUGCCCUCAUCCUUACUCCUAUCCUUUUCUUCUCUCCUUUCUUCAUAAUACACAACGUACAAACAUCUAUAUAGGAAAAAGCCCGAUGAGCAGUAACUACGGACGAAAAAUAACUCAAAUAAUGGAUUUAUCGCAGAAAUGUUGCGAUAAAUGUUCUCAACAACGUGAAGAAAAUAAUAAAUUGCGUUUAUUAAACAUCCAAAAGCAAGAAGAAAAUGUUCAAUUAUUAUUUGAUUUAUCAUUAGCUAAAGCUGAAAAUGAAAAAGAACAACAGAUACGUUCACAAAUUGAAAAACAAUUGUCAGAUGCAAAUAUAAUUACUGAUCAACUAACAAACUUAACACAAAAAACAGAAAAAAAUGAUUCAGAUUUACAAGAUAUGAAAUCACAUUAUGAAAAUCUAUUUGCCGAACAAGUUAAUAACAUAAAAAAACUUGUUAAAGAACGUGAAUUAUUACAUCUAUAUAUUCAACGAUUAGAAAUAGAAAAUUCCUCGCUUGUUAAAAUCACCAACGAUGACGAUACAGUGAAAUUAUUAAAUUAUUCAUCACAAUCACCCAGUACAUACGAAGAAGCAUGGGGUUUAAUUGUUAAAUUACGUGAACAAAUAAUUCAACAAUUAAAAAUUAAAGAAAAAUUAAAAAAUGACAUUCAACAAUUGCAAUACAAUCAUAAAGCUGAUUUGCGCGAAAGAGAACAAAUUGAGCAUCUACUGAAUAGAGAUUUGAACGCAGCUAAAGAUGAAAUCAUUGUUUUACGAAGUCUACAAACUGAAUACGAACGUGUUAUGAGCUUGAAAAAUAAUCUUGAAAAGCAAUUAGAAGAACGUGUAAAUGAAUUAAAAGCAACGAAAACAGUUGCUAAUUCAUUUACAAAUCAACUCAAAGAAAAACUUGAACAGAUUACUAAAGCAAAGGAUCAAGUUGAUGAAGAAAAUGUAACAUUGCGUGUGCAAAUUCAAAAAUUAAAAAUUGACCUAGAAAAUAAUGAAGUAGUUCAACAUGAUUUUGUUAAGCUUUCCCAAACGCUCCAAGUACAAUUAGAAGAGAUUCGUAAUUCAGAAAAUGAAUUACGUUGGCAACCUGAAGAAGAUCAUCCAGAAUGUCAACGUUGUCAUUCACAAUUUUCUGUCACUUGGCGUAAACAUCAUUGUCGUCAUUGUGGUAAAGUCCUAUGUAAAGAUUGUACUAAUAAAACCGUUUAUACUGGUCCGCAUAAUCGCCCUUCUCGUGUAUGUGAUGUAUGUUAUACCUUACUUGUCAAAGAUUCUCAACCAUAUUUUCAUUCUUCUGUACCUAAUGUUUAA